AUGACGAAUAUAGAGUCACAAACAUCGCUGAAUGCCAGGCUUAGGAGCCUUAUUCCCUCUCUACAGGAAGAUCCAACAGAGGAUGUUAUCACCACUAUACUUCUGCGCUGCUGCCAACAGUGGGGAAUCACCACAGAGUCAGAGUUGUUGCUUCUGUUGGUGAGUGAUGCGGCUUUUGUGCGAAGACGCUUGUUAACAGUUUUAUCGCAAGAACAUCGUCAACAGGCAUUCUGGCGUCCUGCAGAUGUUCAGAGACUUAUUGAAAAGGUGCUACUUGUUAUCAGUAGACAUCAUAUCUCACAGAAACUUUUGUCAACAUCAGUAAAGGUAGAGAGAGGAAAUGAUAUCGCUUUAGCAUCAAAAAGUGUAGCAGAUAUGCUUUUACCUGUUCCUGAUUCUGAAGGGUCUAUUUCAACCAGUUCUCUUCACAGUAACCCUUGUUUUUUUACAACAGGUUGUCCUUCUUUGGAUUUACUACUAGCUGGUGUUAGUGGUGGAAGUGGUAAGAAUGAUUGUGAAAAAGAUUCCAACAAUAAUAACGCCUUUGAAGGAGGGUUUCGUGCGGGUCUGUUGACAGAAGUCUACGGAGAAGCAGGAAGUGGGAAGACGCAGUUGGUCUUGCAAUCUCUAUUUCACUGUGUCGCCCGACAGCAGUGCGAGCAGUGCUAUCUCAAUAGAAUACAAAAAAACUCUACAGAUGAGUCUACAAGCGGUGUGGCCGCAUUAUAUAUUGUUUCUGAAGAUUUCCCAGCGUCUCGUCUUAAUUCCUUGGCGGCGGGUGCACUAGAGAGAGAAAAGGAAAGAGCCAUUCGCACAGUUUCUCAUCUUCCCUCAUCCACUGUGGCACAUUUCAAACUGUACCUGGAUGAGACCAUAAAUGUGCGGUCUGUUAUGGCUGGAAUGCACAUUCGUCGUAUCGCCGGUUUAAAGGAUUUACUGCAGAUGCUUCGCGAUGGUACAUUAUCCAAUGCGUUUCACAUGUUGGGCAAUCGUGGGUUAGUUGUGGUGGACUCCAUCGCAGGAGCUGCAGUGACGACUACUGGUGAGGGCGUUGAUAUGAGUGUUGUUUCUUCUUCCGCGGCUGAGGUGCUGGCGGUGGGAUCGCUUCUGAAGGCAUUCGCAGUCCAAUAUGGAGCGGCGGUUGUGGUGACCAAUCAAGUCCGUGCACAAUUAUCAUCAUCAUCAUCCACUAAUAAUACUACUACUAUAUCUACUACCACUACUACUACUACUACUACUGCUGCUUUUAGUACAGCAUACAGUUCGUCUGCAGCAGUGGUGCCUGCGUUAGGCCUCUCAUGGUCAUUAGCACCGCACGUGAGAGUGCAACUCCGUCGCUCGGCGACUAGCGCUGCUGCACCUGUUGGAACGCAUGCUUCCUCUGCGGUGAUGACGGCAGAGCGGCGGCUCACAGUACUCUCAGGCCCCGCAAACCCACCCGUGUAUGGUGUGUACACAAUUACAACAGAUGGUAUUCGAUGCGAUUCUUGA